CACAUAUAAUGGCCAUUGAAAUCCUUGAAUCAUAUUAAUCCAUAUACUCCCUCCGUCCUACAAAAAUAGUCCAAUUUCAAAAUGUAUAAUUUUUUUAAUUUAAUCAAUCCCAUUAAGGUACAACUCAUUUUGUCCAUUAAAUUUCCGUUUUUAACCCCUUAUGAAAAGUUUAUUUAACCUCAAAUUAAAAAACAAUAAUCCAGUUAAUCUUUUCUCUCUCUUUUCUCGUCCCAACGUCGACAAGCAACGACCAAGCCUAAAUCCCUCUCUGUUCGCCGGCCACUGUCUUCCAUUGCGAAUCAAAUUUUUUUAGAUUAUCCAGCUUCCUUAAACACCGCAACAGUGGCGAUCGAAAAUCUUUUGCGUCAAUUGAGAGUCGAUCUGUUUGUUUCGUUCGAUGAUUUUCUUGUUUUGCUCGUAUUGAAGGAGACGGAUCAGAUGGAUCUCUCCGUACAAAGCCGUCGCCGUUCGAGCCUUCGAAGAUCCAAAUUAAACGAGUUGCAAUUGGUUUGAUUUCCUUAUUCUUCUUUUUUUCUUUUGGCUUGAUAUGUUUAAAAAACAUGAUGAUUACCCUAUAAUUGAAGAAGGAGCCACGGUGAUGGGUUUUAUUUUGAACUGUGUGGGGCUUUAAUUUGGCCGUAUUGAUCAUAGUCUGGCCGGAGAGAAAAUGGCCGUGAACGGAGAGCGGAGAGAAGAAAGAUUAGUUCGAUGAAAGUUGGGUGACUGAAUGAGGGUAGUUAAGUCAUUUUGUCUCUUUUAAUUUUGACUUUUCUGAAACUGGACUAUUUUUUUGGGACAAGAUUAUUAUUAAACUGGAUUAUUUUUGUGGAACAGAGGGAGUAUUUUUCUUAUACUAACUAAUUGAGGUAAAUUAGUAAUAGGUAAUUAAGAUAAAAAAAGGUAAUAAAAAAUUAAAGAUAAAUAGUAAAUUUAAAAGAUUAAUUAUUUAAACGUUAAAUUUUUACCGUGAAAUCUAUUAUUUUCCUAAUUGAGCGAGCGGGAUAAAAAUUUCUUUGAGUUGGGGUUUGGUCAACGCAGUGACUCACACUGUCUUAGUCAGAUCUUUCCAUCUUUCCUUUUUUAUUUCAUAUUCCCCGCUCUCCGGACUCCAGCUGUCUUUCCACUCUCUCUGUGAUCACUUCUGCCUCUCUUUUUUUUUGGGGGUUGCUUUGCUCCCUUCAAUUCAAUUCAAACUGCCAAGUUUGGAGCUCUAUUCAUUCACCCAGCCUCACAAACUGCAAAGCCUCCGCCGUCUUACUCCUUCUCACUUCUCAGGGGUAUAAAUAACCUUAGCUGUGUUGGGGAAGCUGUUGGCAAGAGUUUCAGAACAUGGCUAGUCCAAUUGCUGAUGAUUCUCCUCUUCCUUGCCAAAGAUUAUCAGGAAAAGUUGCUUUGGUAACUGGAGGUGCUAGUGGCAUUGGAGAGAGCAUAGUACGUCUGUUUCACAAACAUGGUGCAAAGGUUUGUGUUGUUGACAUUCAAGAUGAUCUUGGUCAGAAACUCUGUUCAGACUUAGGUAAUGAUGUCAAUGUGCGAUACUGUCAUUGUGAUGUAAGUAUAGAAGAGGAUGUAAGUCGUGCUGUUGACUUCACUGUUGAAAAUUUUGGCGCUCUUGAUAUAAUGGUUAAUAAUGCUGGAGUGGGUGGUCCGCCUGUUGAAGAUAUUCGUAACUUUGAACUCUCGGUGUUUGAAAAAGUAUUCGAUAUCAAUGUAAAAGGUGUUUUCCUGGGAAUGAAGCACGCAGCUCGUAUUAUGAUCCCAUUGAAGAAGGGCUCUAUCAUUUCAAUUUCUAGUGUUGCAAGUGCAAUUGGUGGUUUAGGACCACAUGCAUAUGUAGGAUCUAAGCAUGCCGUGACGGGGCUUACAAAGAAUGUAGCUGCUGAGCUGGGAAGGCAUAACAUUCGGGUGAACAGUGUCUCUCCUUAUGCAGUUGCAACAAGCUUGGCUCUAGCUCAUUUACCUGAAGAAGAAAAAACCGCCGAAGCCAUGGAUGGUUUUCGAUCUUUUGUCGGGAGGAAUGCGAACUUGCAAGGUGUGGAAUUGACGGCUCAUGAUGUUGCUAUGUCUGUGCUUUUCUUAGCUAGUGAUGAAUCCAGGUACAUCAGCGGGGUGAACCUUAUGGUCGAUGGUGGUUUCUCCUGUGCCAAUCAUGUUCUACGUGUGUUUAGAUGAUGUGCAAUGUGGAGUCAAAUCACCUACAGAUUCAAUUUUCAUUUCAUGGUCUCUGGAAACAUUGUUGAUCUCUCUUUUUUUUUUUUUUCCCCCUCUUUUUCCUUUUUUACCAAAAAGGGACUCUUUUUCUCAUGACAUGUAAAACUGUUGCAGCAUUAGUCAACGAUCACAGUGAAGCAAACACAAACUACGUGGAUACUGUGUUCUAAGUCUUGAAUUGUGAUUUGCUUACUCCCUUUGUCCCGCUUAUGUCUAUUCAUUAAUGAAAAA